AUGGAACCGCGCAGUCCAUCAACUCCACCGCCGGACGACGGCAAGGGCAUAUCAACAGCGCACGUCAAGUCCUCAAAGCUACGUGCCCAAGGAAGAUGCUUCAAAUGCUGGAAGAAAGGGCACAUAGCAAAGCACUGCCACAGCACUCGUCGGUCCUCAACUGGUCUUCAGGACCUCCCCGUGGAAUUGCUGGACUUGAUUUGUGGCCACCUGGUCGAAGUUCCCGGCUGGAUACCCAGACCGCAGGAGAUGUUUGAUCUGAGGCUGACGUCCAGAGUCAUCCAGACCAAGACGCUCGAUUUCUUUGGGCGGGUCGCAUUUCGCAUGGUCCACCUUCGUUUCAGCUACCGUGGACUCCAGCAGGUCGUCGCCAUCUCUGAGCAUCCGCAAUUCACCCUCAAGGUCCAAUCGAUAUUUUGUCACGAACGCAACCAAUGCUUGUCAGGAGAGGAGUACGACGAGGCGCAGGAGGAAAUACAGUCCUCUGACACUUCGUCAAAGCGUCGCCAUAAACUACAACGCCAAACGCGCCGGGCCGAAUUCGAGCAGACAGACAAGUCGUUUGUUCAACGCUCUGCUACAGACGGGAUCAUGCUCGUUUUGGCUUUCCAGCGCUUCGUCAACCUGAAAGAGUUGUUGACAUCCUGCGUGGACGGGCGAGAAGAGAGGGCUUCGAUACGGCGCAAGCACAAUGGCGAAGGGUUUUCGACCGAUCGAAUGUUCUCCGUGCUCCUGUCCAGCGCGGCGCACGCAAACCUGAAAUUGGAGAGCCUGCGCACCGUGUGGGGCCAAUUUGCAGACUAUGAGGAAGGAUUGUCAAUUUCGACUUUGUCGAUGCCGAGGGAGGUGGUUUGCUGUCUGUCUGAGAUCCGGCGAUUACAGUUGCUGCUUGACACACGCACCACCUUGUACCGAACCACCUUUCUCUCGCAUUGCCCCCUCCUUCGUCAGAUUCGCCUGGAAUUUGACAACGGCUGGGAAGACACCGAAGGCAUUUUCGCUGCCAUCGCCGCCCGAAUCCAGUUGUCGAGGCUCGAAAACCUUUCCUUGAGUGGUGUCCGCUGUUCUGGAGACGUUCUGUUCAAGUUUCUGCAGUCGCAUUCGACCCUCUGCACUCUACGGCUGGAGAAUCUUGGUAUCAUCGGACGAACUUCGUACGCAUCCAUACAUAAGAUGCUGUCAGAAGCCCAUGUCCAUUUGCGGAGCUUCCACAGCUUUCAGAUCGCUCAGAACUCUCUGCGCGUGUACCUUGAGACGCUCGGAGACAUCGAGAGCAAACCCUAUCGCUGGGACUUCUCGAACCAACCUCUCGACUUCUUCGACGACUUUGAGGUGGUGAGCAGCCCGGCAAGAUACUCAUGGACUGCAGAGGCAUGGGAGGGCGCGCAGCAGAGGCUUGCGCUGAUGAGCGAGGAUCUGGCUGUGUCUGAUUUGACCUACCAUCCAGACCGGGUGUUGGGCGGGUACUGGUGGAAUCGUUAG